AUGGCGUGUGGGUUCUCACCCGAGGGAGCUGGAGUCGAAAAGAAGCAAUCAGACCCCUGGAUCCCAACAUGGCCGGAGGAGGAGAUCACAUCGCGGCGAGAUGUCUUGUCAUGGAGCAACUUUGGGCUCAGGUUCUGGGCUGCGGGCCCAAGAGCUGGAGGCUCGCCCACCGACCUCAUCCCUGCAUUCAACCCCUGUCCACCCUUCCCAACGACAAGGCUACGCGAGAGUUUUGUUUUAGGCGUGCGCCGGGGUGCAGUGGGCACCGCAAAGGAGGGAGCGCUCCGCGCCGGUCUGUGCUGCCGUCGUGGCGGCGCCUUGUCCACGCUCGUUGAUCCACAGCUCUGUUAUCCCUCCGAAGCAUCCCUCGGAGGGCUUGAAGUCACCGUUCUGGCGGGAUUGGGUCAGCGGGUCCUGCGUUCGCCUGUCUUGACUGUGAAAGGGAAUAGCUGUUGUGGACCUACGCCUAAAGAAGAUGCAAGAGCUGCCACAGUGGAGUCCGCGCUGGAUCUCGCACUUAGCUCGAGGGGUUGA